ACCCCCACCCCCGAGAAGAAAAGGGUUUCGCCGAGGAGUAGAGACGGCGGCGCGGCGACAUGGGUUCAUGGCCGUGGCGCGGCGCAUGGACCGCGCUGGUGCGAUGUGGCCACGCCACCUACACCGCGCCGGUCCUUCCCCGUGGGCGCAUCUUCACGAAGCAAGUGGUAGGACGAGUCGCCGACGGCUCGGGGUUCAUGGCGGACCUGUCGACUCUCAAGGUACACUCCAAGCUGGUGAGCCGCGCGGGGGCGCCCGUGCCGGCGAAUGGUCCGAGUGAGAUCCGGCUGGUGGAGGCGGCGGUCGCGGCGAGGUGCGGCUACAAGUGUCCUACUUGGUUGCGACGGUACGCCGCUUCGAUCACGCUGGCUAGGAGGGACCAGAUCCAGUACGAGGAGACCAAGCCAUGGAGGAGCGCGGAGGUGGCCGUGAAUCUAGGAGGAGGUGGCGGGGACAGGGCGCCGUACAACUGCCCGGCGAUGAUACGCGCAUCCGAAGAGGUUGAGGUGCUGUUUGAGGAUGUCUUUGGUCAUGCGUUUGAUGGAGUGAAGGUGCUACUUCAGGAUUCUUUUGUUUCCGCAUCUGAUAGCAAGGGCCCCAAGAAUAAUCUGAAGUGUAGAUCAUUUAUUGUUUAUACUCCUUGCUCACCUUCAAGGUUUCUACCUGAGAAGUUUGGAGGCAACUCACAUGGAUUUCAUUACAUUGGUAACUUUGCUGAUGCUACAGUUAUGAAUGUUGAACUUUGUUGUGAGAAGCAAUUCAAUAAGUUGGACCUAGGGCCUCCAAAUUUUGACAGCAUCUGUGGAAUUAUACUGGCACAAAAGGAUAUGGUGUUGGAUCUUUCGGAUGCUAGCAAGGGGAGCAUCAAAUGCAUUCACUUUACCGUUCCGAAGUUACAAGUUCAUGAUCCUUUGAUAUCCAUUCUAAUGUAUCAGAGAAAACUGCUGAACAAGAUGUUCUCUUCACGCCAUGUCUUAUCUCAGUUGCAAUAUUAUAGAUUUUUUUCAUCAAGGAAGCUGAGAAAUGCAAUGAAUCAAAUCGAAGAUUUGAAGGCAAGGAACAUAGCCAUUCUGUGUUUGGAUGAUGGUUUCAAAGAAGUCUUAUUAAGCUUCAAAAGUGUAAUAGCGCAAAUGCGCCAGAAUUCUUAUGAUUAUGGCAAACGUGUUGAUCUCUCCAAGCGUUAUGGACCUGGCUGCAAGGUGUACACAGCAGGAGGAGCUGGCGCAUCCAUGUAAUAAUUCAACAUUGCAAAGCGUCAUUCCGCAUGUCUUUUUCAGCAAGAGAC